GCAUCUUCUCGACAAUUAUUCCCUGGGGAAAGGCAUUCCAGCAAUGUUGCGUCAAAAAAACUUGUUUAAUCAAAGUUCUCCAUAAAGUUUCACCCACCUGACUGAUCAUCAGUGUAAAAAAUCACGUAUAAUUACAAAAUAAUAAACAAAGUUGCCACAAUGACGACUGCGUUGUACCUGGAGCAUUAUUUGGACAGUCUCGAGCAUUUGCCUAUCGAGCUGCAGCGAAAUUUUACCCUGAUGAGGGAUCUGGACGCUCGAGCCCAGGGUCUGAUGAAGGACAUCGACAAGCUAGCGGACGAUUACCUGAAGAACCUGAAGAAAGAGUCCCCGGAGAAGAGGAAGGAGCAGUUGAUGCACAUCCAGAGUUUAUUCAACAAGGCGAAAGAGUACGGCGAUGACAAGGUUCAGCUGGCAAUUCAGACGUACGAGCUCGUUGACAAACACAUCAGGCGACUGGACUCGGAUCUCGCGAGAUUUGAAGCGGAGAUUCAGGAUAAGGCGUUGAGCAGCAAUCGAGUGCAGGAGGAGAGUGGAGCCAGUAAAAAGGGAAGAAAGAAGCUGAAGGAGAAGGAAAAGAGGAAGAAGGGAACAGCUGGUGCUAGCAGCGAGGACGAGUCCAAGACUGCGAGGAAGAAACAGAAGAAGGGAGGCUCUCUGGUGGCUUCAGCUACCAUUGGUGCUGUUGGCAGUGGAGCACAGACAGAUAACACGUCCCUUGGACAUCCUGCUGAUGUCCUGGACAUGCCAGUCGAUCCCAAUGAACCCACUUAUUGUCUGUGUCAUCAGGUGUCCUACGGGGAGAUGAUUGGGUGUGAUAAUCCAGAUUGUCCAAUCGAGUGGUUCCACUUCUCCUGUGUGGGUUUGACGACAAAGCCUAAGGGUAAAUGGUAUUGUCCCAAGUGCACGCAAGAUCGGAAGAAGAAAUGAAUCUCUCUGGAUAACCAGGAGAGAAAAUAAAAAUUGCUCAGCAAUGGUCUGGAGGUAAUCACAGCGAUCCUUCUGAAGGAUAAAUCGAGAUGAAUCUUCCCAGAGUUUUAUGGUAAAUCAUGAAACCAGGAUUAAUCUCACAAAAUAGAAAAUUAAAUAAUUAAUCGACUGUCCUUGCAUUGCAUCUGAAAUGAAACGCGUGUGCAAUCCAGUGUGAUAAAAGCAUAAUGCACAUUAGACGUAGAAAAUUAUUUAUUCCUUCACAAUAUUCAUUCCCGAUGUAAUGCCAGACCAGUCACUUUUAUCGGUUUAUCACAGAGCCGUGGACUUUGAGAACUGGCCUUAUUUAAUAUUUCGUUCAUCAAUUUAUCUUUUAACUCUUGCACAUAAGUAUUUAUUCCCACACUAAUUCCUGGAUUAAGGUAUUUUUUAUACUAUCACUGGCCAGCUCUUGAAAAUCUGUGAUUUACCCACAUUAGUCCAUAAUUAAUUCUUAAUGAAUACAAUGUGGCAAGUAUUAGAUGAACUAUACUCGAAAUCAUGGAGAUAUAGAUUUUAAUCUAUAUUAGUUAAUUACUGUUUUUAUAUUUUAUGAAUGUGAAUCGUUACAUCAGCAAUUAUUUCCAGUGAGCCAAAAAGUGUAUCAUAAGUGAACAAUUCAUUGCGAACAAACGAGUUUUGUUUCCAUUGCGAGGAGAAUACUGACUCAUUCAUUGGUUGUAAAUUAAUUAUUGAUGAAUAAACUUCCACUACAACUUUA